UAGAUCCUAAUGUAUAAAUCUUAUAUAAACCUUUUCCUACCCCGUAAGUAAAUUUGUAUCUUCUUAAUGCUGUCACACGUGUUUAACUUCUAUCACGUUUUACAGGCUUUCUUAUGCUGUACUUCCACAACCGGUACUUUCACCUCUCCACCGCCAUAGCGAGAACCAUACUGUAAAACAUGGUGCUUCACUGCGUGCCGAUCAUGAUACCAAUAAGGAUUUUGGCUCGGUGUUACCCAAUUAGCCGUUUAGACUUGGACAAAGAACCUUAUGAAUCCCUUUUACGUGUCUACUACGACCCUUAUGUUGACCGAAGCGACUUGAGCAACCCCGCCAGCGACGCUUACGAUUCCAGCGACGUUGAGUGCGUAGUGUUUGACCCCGACAACAACAGCGAUAGCAGUACGUUAUCCGUGUUUCUUGAGCGAUACAUGAGUGACAAUUGGGAAGGGCCUGAACCUUAUAAGGAGCAUCACGUGAUCAAGGGAAAGAAAUGGGUGGUGACGUCAGACGAGGGUUGUUCUGAGGAUUGUUAUGAAGAUGACGUAUCGUCUGCCAACAAGCUCGGAUACGCAAGCGAGACGGACCAGCUCGAGGGGUUAUGCUGAUAUUGCAAAGGGAGUACAGCCAUCAUCUCUGGUAUCAAGUACUGUGAAUUCAGAGAUACGCGAAGGGGUAGCGAGACAAAAACCGGAUUUCGCAAAUCCAAACUCUAGCGUGAUCCACCAUGACGACGAGAAACACGAGACCAUGACCACUGCUGCCAAAUCACGUGGUAGUACUUCCCCAGCCACAGAGGAUGUUUUGAGCGUAGGUCUGAUAGCGCAGUUCGUGUCCAAGAAGCCUGAUAACAGUGCUGCAGACACUCGACGUCGCACAAGGAACAAGGUCAUGUCGUCAGACACGCCAAGGAGCAAGGUCUUGUCGUCAGACACGUCAAGGAGCAAGGUCUUGUCGUCAGACACGCCAAGGAGCAAGGUCUUGUCGUCAGACACG